GGGAGCGAGGGCGGUCCCGUUAGUGGCAUGGCCCCCCGCCCCGCCCCCGCCGCGCCGCUCUCCCGCUACGCCGCGCUGCUGUCCUGCGACUGUCAGACGGCCAACCCGGGGCUGGCGGGUCUGCUGCACACCAACUCACCGGUGCUCAAGGGUCGCUCCAACUGGGCCGAGUACUACUACCGAGCGCUGCAGGAGGGGGUGCACUACCUGGAGUUCGAUCCGGGGUUCGCAGUAGAGGCAGUCAAGGAGGCUCUGAAGCCCUCCUCACGGUCCCGGAUGGCGGCAAUGGCGGAGGCGGCUCAGAAGUUCGCAUACACCUACCUGUCUCAGAGAUCCCGGGUAUUGUACUACGUAAAGGCGAUAUCUGAAUAUAACAAGCUGUUCGGGCCCGGUUACAUGAAGGCCACGGUAGCGGAUCUGCCGCCUAAUCGCCCGCCUACCAUGGAUGACAUCCUGGCGCUCCGCAUGUACCCAUCCACGUGGCGUCAAGGACUGGCGUGAAAUGGUUCCGAGCGACGGGACAAACGAUUAAAUUUACAGUAUGCAGCCUCUUGUUCAUGUCUUACUUGACGUUCGCGAACAGAUUGGGUGUGACACGAUUCGAUGAGGUUGCGAUGAUCGAUUGCAGGCGACGAAGACGAGCACAAUCAUUGUAACGGAC